GAGUGAAGACAAAAAAGAUUGAGAGAUAGAGAGAGAGAGAGAGAGAGAGAGAGAGAGAGAGCGAAACGAAGAACCUGUAAAAGCUAGGGUUUCUAAGCCGAUCGAAGCGACGCCGUUCGAUCACUCUGCAAAUGUGUUCUGCAUUGUUCGUCGUCGAAAUCCUGAGCUCAAUUUAGCGAUUUCAGAUGGAUCUGGAAAUACGAAGCUUCGGAGCCUCGGAGCUCUUCAAAUCCUCUGCGAAAUGUAGCUACUUUUCUUAUAACGGUGAAAGCGCCGGUUCGUGUUCCGUCGGUGCCGCGGCGAGUGCGGACCGAUUCGACACGGUCGAUGCCGAGACGAGUCUGAUCAGAGCCGUCUAUCUCGACAGCAAGGCCGAGCUUUUGACUCAGACGAAGCGGCUCGCCGGCGGCGACGUGCUGGACCGAGCGACGGCGUCGAAGCUCCUGCACCUCUGCUGCAACUUCGACUCGGCGGAGUGCGCCUCCGCGCUUCUCGUCGGCGAACUUGGGACGGUUCCGCUCGUGAACGAGUUCGACGACUCGGGGAAAUCGCCGCUGCACACGGCGGCGUCGGCUCACGCGUCGCGGUGCGUGGAGGUUUUGCUGAAGAAACACGCUCGUACGGACCUGAGGACCAAGGACGGUCAGGCACAGCUAGCACUGGAAUUGUCGCUUAGUGACACAAGGAUGGAUCUGAAUUGGAAUCCGAACGAUUUCUCCAUUGAAGACUUGGUGAUUCACAUGAGUGAAAAGGAUUUGAGCACGGUGAAACUUCUGAGUGAAAAAACCAAGGAGAUUGCUGACGUGGCGUAUGGCUACGCCGUUAAAGGCCGUGUAGCUUCUCUGACGGCGCUGCUCAUCGCCGCCGCCGAGAAGGUUAACGAUUCCGUCUUGGAGUUGCGUGAUUCCGAAUCGGGGACCAAGGAGAAGGUGACUAUCUACGAAUGGCUCAUAAGGGAGGCUUUGUCCCUGGGCGGCCGUACAGCGUUGCCGUUGAGGGCGGCCAAACGCGCCUCCACGGCUACGGAGGGCGAAAACUCGGAGAGGAGGAAGCUCGUGCUUCGAGAGAUAGAACUGCUUCAGCUCUUCGGAGCUGUAGCUCAGAGCAGCGGUGGUGGGGACAAGAAGGUGACUUCGCCACUCAUCCGUGCAGCUCAGGGAGGAGACGAAGCAGUUAUUCAGCUGCUUUUGAAGACAAAUAUAGAUGUCAAUGAUGCUGAUGCAGAUGGAAAUUCUGCUCUUCAUUGGAUCCUUAAAUUGUCCAGAUUGUUGUGUCCCCAACAGAUCAAAAUUUUAUUGCUUCUUAUUGAUCAUGGUGCCCGAGUAAGCCAAAGGAAUAGAUUGGGGUUGACAGCAUUUCAUAUUGCUGCUGGUAAUGGUAAUUCAGAGGCACUUGAGGUCCUUCUGUUGGAAGACCCAGUUGGUGUCCAAUAUAGGACGGAAAUGAAAGAAACCCCCCUGUUUUUCGCUGUGAAGAAUGAGAGUAAGGAGUGUGCUGAGCUUCUUUUGACGUGGGGAGCAAAUAGUGAAGUCCUUAAUCUGCGUAGACAAAGAGCUAUAGACCUGGCAACCUCUCAAGAUAUGCGUUACAUAUUGCUGAAUCCAACCACUGUUAGCCUCAUUAAUCAUGCUUUCCCCAAUCAACAUAAAUGUAUGGCUUUAGAGUUGACAGAUGAAGACACCACUAACGAAAGAAAUGUUAACUCAAGCACCAAGGCAGAGGUUUGUAAGUACUUUGACUCUCAUCGAGGAUGUGUCAGAGGAGCUAAGUGCUUUUAUGCACAUUGUGAGGAGGAGUCUCGGAAAGUGAAGGAGGGAGCAGACCGGAGUCAUUUUUCUGCUGCUAAACUACUCAAACGCAAAAUCUUUGUUGGUGGACUUCCUCCUUCAGUGGACUCUGCAGAUGAUUUGGGAAAGUUCUGUGAAGAGGAGUUUGGAUCAGUGGACGAUGCUAUAGUCAUUGUAACUCAAAUAGAAAACAAGAUACAAUCUCGAGGCUUUGGUUUUGUCACAUUUAGAGAGGAGAAAUCGGCUUCAGAAGCUAUGCAAGCGCACUACAUCACCAUGAGAGGCAAGAAAGUUGAAAUAAAAAGUUUAAUUCCAAAAUUGGUUUUGGGAGCUGAGUUUGAGAAGAUGUCACCUCAACAACGACAACAAGAGAAGAAUAUUCAAAAUCAGCUUCCACAGCAGAAGUCGAACGAGAAUAUUAUGGAAGGUGAUAACCCUGAACAAGGUUCUUGGGCUGAUAGAUUAGUCCUUGGACAACCAGUGGGGUGUUCCACUGAACCUCAAGUUACCAAGAGCUCUGAGGAUCCAAGCACUCCUACAUGGCUAAAGGUUUUCAAGAAGUGGUUUCCUGGUUUCUUACAAGGUCUGUCAAAGCAUUCAAAUUAUGCUCUGUCUUCUCUAAAAGCUGACUUCAGGGCUAAAUUUGGGUUAGAACUGGAUCACUCAUCUGUGGGCUACUCUAAGCUCAGUGACUUUGUGAAAUGUUUCUCCGAUUUAUGUACUGUUGAGAUUCUCCCCAUCUGCAAACGUGGAACUCCAACUCACGUGAUCCUCCGGCCAAAAUUUUCUAGGCCUCAACGCCGACUCCUUCCUACACUGAGAACACCUCACACUCUGUCUCUGUCUGCACUGCUUGUCAAAGGCGGUGAUACAAAAUGUCUUUUGGACCUCUCAAGUGGCGAUUGUGGUGAUUCAAAGUGUCUUCAGGACCAUUUGAAGUGUUUUCAGGACCUUUCAGUUAACAAAGGCAGUGAUUCAAAGUGUUUUCAGAACCUUACAAUUGAAAGCGUUAGUGAUACAAAGUGUCUCCAGGACCUUUCAGCUGACAAUGCUGCUAAUUCAAAGUGCCUUCAGGACCUUUCACUUGACUUUGGUGGUGAUUCAAAGUGUAUUGAGGACCUUUCCAUUUGCAAUGCUGGUGAGAAGUUUGGCUCAAGUGUCACUAGCCAUGGGCAAGAGAAACCCUCCUCUGGGUAUCCUGAAAUGAACUCUGCAGAGGAUAAAGUACAAUGUGUGCACCCGAGGUUCCUUCAAUUCUUAAAACCAGAUCCUCUAUUCUAUGGUCAGAAAGAAACUGACGUGCUAGCCGGAGAGACUGACAAUGAAAAGGGACAGUGCAGUGCAGGGGAUAAAGGACGUAUAAAUAUUAGGGAUCCAAGACGGCAUCUCGUUUUGGAGUCCCUGUCCAAGAAAUGGAGCAAAUCAUACUUCCUUCGUGAAUUUGAUUUCUACAAGAUUUACAAGGAAAGAUUAUCGGUAAGAAGGUGUUUUGCAUGCAACCAGCAGAAGAUGAUAUGGGCCAAUUUCCCUUGUAAACACUUGCUGUGGUGCACUGGCUGUAAGUUGCGGGCAAUAGAGGCUUCUGGUCUUUUCCCACACAAAUGCGUGCUGUGUGACACCGAAGUACAGAAAAUGGAUUUAGUACUUCCAUUAACUAGUAACUGAGGUAGCCAUUGCAGUCUAUGUUUCCAUGCACAGGAGAACUGCAGGUGAACUAUAUAGAUAUGCCGUCUGUUAGAUAGGAUAUAUAGUAUGUGGGUGUGGAAGAACUAUAAGAUGCACACCCAGGAAAAGUAAAGAGGAACUGCGGGUUGGGCUAGUGUCCCUCCCGGUCACACUAGACACACACUUUUGAACUGGCGGAUUCCGUCCGGCCUAGAUUUUGAGCCGACUAGCAUGACUGUCACAAUAGCGUAAGUUGGUCCUAGCCAUAUUUCCUAGUACUAUUCUACUGAUAUCAUGUUUUGUCUCAGCUUUUGACAAUGGAAUAUGAAUAUGGAAUCAACAAAAGCUGUUUUGUCCA